UCCUUGGGCUGCUGGAGCUGAAGGUUCUGCAGGGACUGUUUGGUGUUAUGAUGAAGGAUUCCCUGACACUUUUGUCUCGCAUCCCAGCACACCCAGAUUCCCGAUGCUGGUUUCUCGCUUGGAACCCUACAGGGAGUCUCUUAGCUUCCUGUGGUGGAGACCGUAGCAUUCGAAUAUGGGGGAAAGAAGGUGAUACCUGGGUGUGCAAGUCUGUUCUGGGUGAGGGACACCAGAGAACUAUCCGCAAGGUGGCCUGGUCCCCCUGUGGGAACUACCUGGCUUCUGCCAGUUUUGAUGCUACCACCUGCAUUUGGAAGAAGAACCAUGAGGAUUUUGAGUGUGCAGCCACUCUGGAGGGCCAUGAGAAUGAGGUGAAGUCUGUGUCAUGGGCACCAUCUGGCAGCCUUCUGGCCACUUGCAGCCGAGACAAAACUGUCUGGGUUUGGGAAGUGGACGAAGAGGAUGAAUACGAGUGCAUGAGUGUCUUGAAUUCCCACACGCAGGAUGUCAAGCAUGUUGUCUGGCAUCCCAACCAAGAGCUAUUGGCAUCAGCGAGUUAUGAUGACACUGUGAAAUUGUACCGGGAGGAAGAGGACGACUGGGUGUGUUUUACCACCCUAGAGGGGCAUGAGUCCACGGUGUGGAGCCUGGCCUUUGACCACAGUGGGGAGCGCCUGGCCUCCUGCAGCGAUGACAAGACAGUGCGCAUUUGGCGCCAGUAUAAGCCGGGCAAUGAGCAAGGUGUUGUCUGCAAUGGCACAGAUCCUACCUGGAAAUGCAUCUGCACCCUUUCUGGCUUCCACACAAGAACCAUCUACGACGUGGCAUGGUGCCAGCUAACGGGAGCUUUAGCCACGGCUUGUGGAGAUGAUGCCAUCAGAAUAUUUGAGGAGGAGCUGCACUCAGACCCCCACCAGCCCACUUUCACCCUUACUGUCCACAUGGCCCGGGCUCACUCCCAGGAUGUGAACUGUGUGGCCUGGAACCCGAAGGAGCCUGGGCUGCUGGCUUCAUGCAGCGAUGACGGAGAGAUGGCAUUUUGGAAAUACCAGCGCCCCGAGGUCUGCUGAGGGUCCAAAUUUCCCAGCUCCCUCUGACAAUAACACAGUUCUAGUAGUGUAACAGUGGCACACCUGUGGGCAGCAAGCUGGACUGCAUCCCCUCUGUAAAGGCAAUUAAAAAGGUGGUAUCA